AUGGUAAAAAUUACAGCCAAAUCACUCAUAAGAAAUUAAGUAUUGAUAUCAUUUAGAGUAGAAUAUGCGCAAUUCAAUAUUUUAAAGAUUUUUUUUAAAUAAAAGCGAAAUUUAUACCAGAUAUUCCUUUAUAUAAGAGAGUGUUACUCUUGUUACACCAUUAGCUUUUAAACUAUAAAAAUAAUGAGAAUAAAUAAAGUUUUAUUUAAUAGGAGAGUUUAUAAAGGAAGAAAAGUUUUUUGA